AUCAACAUCAUCACUAAAUCAUGUCACUCUCUUCUUCCCCCUAAAAACUUAAAACUUCCACUAAAACUCCAAUACUUAAACUCAACCCCCCCAAAAAAGAUCCAAACUUUUCAAGAUUUUCUUCAUCUUCAAGAUUAUCUUUCUUGAUUUUAAGGCUAAAUUUCAAGAAACACACACACUCAUGGGUUUCACAAUGGGUUUAAAUCUACUAUUAUUACUAGCAAUGGUUGCCACCAACAUCCUCUCACUCUACCACCUCUCCACCACCAUGAUCACCACCAAACCCACCACCACCACCACCACCAACAACCCUCCUGUCCCUGACCACCUCCUCCGGCAACUCCAAACCAUACGCGCCACCAUCAACCACCUCACGCGCCACCACCCCACCACCCAAUCCACCCCCACUACCACCUCCACCGCCCCACCGGACCUCCUCCUCUACACCCAACUCUCCCCCAUCGCCUCCGCCUGCCGCCACCACCCUGAUCUCCUCCACCAGUACAUGAACUACACCCCCUUUUCCACCUGCCCCACCCUCUCCUCCGCCGCCGCAGAACCCUUGAUCCUCCGUGGCUGCCACCCUCUCCCUCGCCGGAGAUGCUUCUCCCCCACCCCUAAAACCCAAUCACCUUCUCUCCCCACAAACCCUUUUUCUCCGGUGCCGGAAAAUUCCAUUUUAUGGGCGAAUUACAAGUGCAAGAAUCUAGAUUGUUACAAUCCGGAUCUGGGUUUUGAUCUAAAGAAAGAGAAAGCAAGAUUCUUGGUUUCAAAAUCUGAUCUUGAUCUACCCAUUUCGCAGUUAAUGGAUAUUGCGAAAAAGGCGAAAAGUGUUGUUAGGUUAGCGUUGGAUAUCGGUGGGGGUACGGGUACUUUUGCUGCUCAGAUGAAGCAGGAGAAUGUGACUGUGGUGACUACUACAAUGAGCUUGGGUGCACCGUAUAGUGAAGUGGCUGCACUUAGGGGAUUGGUGCCGUUGCAUUUACCAUUGCAGCAGCGGCUGCCUGUCUUUGAUGGGGUUUUGGAUCUUGUGCGGUGUGGGCGGGCGGUAAAUAGGUGGAUACCGGCGCAAGCAUUGGAAUUUUUGCUUUAUGAUGUGGAUAGAGUGUUGAGGGGCGGUGGGUUCUUGUGGGUUGAUCGGUUUUUUAGUAAAGAGGUGGAUCUUGAUAAGGUUUAUGGGCCGUUGAUUGGGAAGUUAGGGUAUAAGAAGGUGAAAUGGGUGGUUGGGAAGAAGACGGAUCAGAGUGGUGUCAAGAAUGGAGAGGUUUAUCUGACUGCCCUCCUGCAAAAGCCAGUUUCAAGAUGAUGAAGAUGAUGAUUGUGAUGAUGAUGAGGAUUCUUAAGGUGCUAGAUGCCAAGGAGCUCAAAUCAGCCUAAACAGGAGGUAGAUAAGUUUAAUUAGAGGUAAACCAGUUUGCUUGAUUUACAUUAGCUUCAAGUCAAUGGCUAGUUCUUGGUGUCUUUAUGCAUCAAUGUUUGUGUUGUAGUUCAAGUAAAGAUAAGCAUUACCAAAUAUAUGUAACCUGCAAAUACCUUCAUUUUUGUAGCACACGAUUUACGUGUAAGCAGCCAUGCUUUGAGUCUGAUUCAACGAAUCAUUUCUCUUCGCUGGACUUGCAUUAUUAGUAUUAUUUAAAGGCUUUGUAUGAACUUGGUUUCGAUAUAGAAAAUUAUAUUGUUUGACAAUUUGUCAAAAUUUGAUAAAUUA